AUGGACUUCGUCCUGCGGGCCGGGAAAAGAAAACCGUAUUUCAUGGCAGAGGACAAACCUCCGGGGCCCAUCCUGAAGCCGCUGGUGUUUCGCGUAGAUGACAGCACACCCGAAAUGGUGCAGAGUGUCCUGCUGGAGCGUGGGUGGGACAAGUUCGAUGAAGGAGAGCAGAACGUGGGAGACUGGAACCUGUAUUGGAGGACCUCCUCCUUCCGGAUGACCGAGCACGUCAACAUCAAGCCGUGGCAACACCUCAACCACCACCCGGGCACCACCGAGCUCACCAGGAAGGACCAUCUGGCCAAACACCUGAAGCACAUGAAGAAGAUGUAUGGCACGCCCCUGUACGAGUUCAUCCCCCUGACGUUCAUCAUGCCCAAGGACUACAACAAGUUCGUGGCCGAAUAUUUUAGGGAGAAGCACGUGCUGGGCGCCAAGCACAGCUACUGGAUUUGUAAGCCUGCCGAACUCUCUCGCGGGAGGGGCAUCAUCAUUUUCAGUGACAUUAAAGACUUAAUCUUUGAUGAUACAUACGUAGUACAGAAAUAUAUCUGCAACCCUCUCCUUGUGGGCAGAUAUAAAUGUGACCUCCGCAUCUACGUUUGCGUCACCAGCUUUAAGCCUUUGACCAUUUAUAUGUACCAAGAAGGGCUAGUGCGGUUUGCCACGGAGAAGUUUGACCUCAGUAAUCUGCAGAACAAUUAUGCCCAUUUGACCAACAGCAGCAUCAAUAAAUCUGGGGUCUCAUAUGAGAAAAUCAAAGAAGUGAUUGGUCACGGCUGCAAGUGGACCCUCAGCAGAUUCUUCUCCUACCUUCGCAGUUGGGAUGUGGAUGACCUGCUUUUGUGGCGGAAAAUCAACCACAUGGUUAUUCUCACUGUGCUCGCCAUCGCUCCCUCAGUCCCCUUCGCGGCCAACUGCUUUGAGCUCUUUGGGUUUGACAUUUUGAUUGAUGACAACUUGAAACCGUGGCUUCUGGAGGUCAACUUCAGCCCCGCCCUGUCCGUAGAUUGUUCGGCGGACGUAUCAGUGAAGAGGAAGCUUAUCCAUGACACCAUUGAGCUGAUUUACUCGCAGGGUCUAAGAAACGAGAGGAUGGAAUGUCGUGACGGUGCUAAGGGGAGCCACAGCGUCUCCCUCGCCAAGCUGGACAUGGGUAGACUCAACAAGGCUUGUAGCGCUCUGUCCUGUGAGUCCCUCUUACAGCUCACAGGUAGGACAUUUAAGGAUGAAUCUGCUGUGAAGAAAGCCGUAAAAAUAUGUCCUGAAAAUAAACAUGCCUCCCAGCUGAGGGAAAUGACGAGCAGGAAGAAGGACCUACUUCUGUCAACAAAAGAACCCCCCAAAACCAAGCCAAAGCUAAAGGGUAGACACUCGACCCAUAAGACGCUCAUUCCAUUCAUGUCACUCAUUCAAUCGUGCGUGGGCAAGACCAGCAUCUCCCCAUGCAUCCCCUCGGACAACAGCAAGGUGCCGGACCUCCAAGCAGGGAACUUUGUGCUCAUUUUUCCUUUCAAUGAAGCUACUUUUGGAGCUUCUAGGAAUGGAUUAAAUGUCCGAAGAAUAAUCCAAGAGCUCCAGAAACUAAUGAAUAAGCAACAUCCCCACAUGGCAGAAAAGGAAGCAAAAAGAAGGUAA